CAGGAAGGAGCAUCCAGCCAUGGCAGAAAUGUGCCAACCCCGGGCACUGCCCGCCCUGCUGCUGCUGCUCUGCUGCCCGUGGGCCAGCACCAGUCCUGUGCGGGAUGGGAUCGUGGGGGGCCACGAGGCACAGCCCCACUCGCACCCCUACAUGGCGUUCCUGAAGGUGGCCGACCUGGGCCACUGCGGGGGCUUCCUGGUGGCCCCUGACUGGGUGAUGUCAGCUGCACAUUGCAUGGGGAACACCACGGUCAUCCUGGGGGCUCACGACGUCCACAAACCAGAGAAAACCCAGCAGGUGAGGGGAGUCCUCAAAUACUAYGAGCACCCCGAGUACGACCCCGAGACGAUGUACAACGACAUCAUGCUGCUCCAGCUGACCUCCAAGGUCACUCUCAACGAGUACGUCAAGACUAUCCCCCUGCCCAAAUCCAGCAGCGACCUCCCCACAGGCACCAAGUGUCUGAUCGCCGGCUGGGGGCUGAUCGACGAGGACAGGGCCACCAACAAGCUCUUUGAGACCCGAGUGUCCAUCUACAGCCGCAGGAAAUGCACCCUCUUCUACCCCCACCUGGACUCGGGCAUGGUCUGUGCUGGCAGCUUCCACCAGCUGAAGGAUUCCAGCCAGGGGGAUUCUGGCGGGCCCCUGGUGUGCAAUAAAGUGGCCCAAGGCAUCGUUUCCUUCGGCUAUCCCGCCCCGCCCGGGGUCUACACCCGCAUCUCCAACUACCUGCCCUGGAUCAGAAAGGUCAUGAAGGAGUAGYGGCGGUGGCAGAGUUUGCUCCAGCCCUGCUGGAGGCUCCAACAGCUUCAUUCCUGCCCUUCCCGCAGGCUCAGCUCCCUCCUCUGUCCUCGGGAGCCCGAGUGACCCCAUCAGGGCGCUUGUGGGUCCCUUUCACUCUGUCCUGAGGUCGCUGUCCCGUUCCCUGUCCAUGCCAGGGCUGUGUAAAUCACCCUGGCAGAAGCGGGGGUGGCCCCAGAUGGCACAAAGAGAGGCUGUGCCACAGCAGAACCCACUUCUUCAGAGAUAACCCCGCUCCUGCCCUCACCCUGCCGCACCUAAAUCAUCCCCAAUAAACUCAGAGCUGCAUC